CAUUGUGUGGUGGUGGGUGUGAUUCGAUGCAAGUCUGGAGCGGAGCGGCUCCCGAGUCUCCGCAUUCCUGCCUGACGUCACGGAGCCUGGCGGUGGAGAGUUUCGGGGCAUUUAAAGUGGGAGGCGGGUUGUUUGCACCGCUCGCUGUUACCCCGAGGAGGCGAGACAAACAACAAACAAGGAGAAGUUGUUGUUGCCGACGUUGUGGUAUGUGGGGCUAGGGUGCGCUCAGGCAGCUGUGGGGACUCGGGAAGUGCGCGGCUCCCGCACUGUGCAAUAAAGAGGGAUUCGCGUUGUUUCCCUUGCUGGAAGUGUGCUUUCAUGUAGCGGCGGCCCCGCGACUGCGGACACCGUCGCCUGCCCAGCCUGCAUUGACCCUGGCCUCUGAAAUGACGGAGAGCUCGUUCUCUUGGAAAGAGACGGACAUCGACGUGGUGGGCGAUGAGGGUCGGGGGUCUCCCGGAGACAAGGACUCGGAGGGAGGUAGGAGCGCUGCCUCGGCUGCGGCGGGCGUGGACGAGGUGAAGGCAUCGUCUAGGAACCCGCUGGUGAAGCCGCCGUAUUCUUACAUCGCCCUCAUAACUAUGGCCAUCCUGCAGAGCCCGAAGAAGCGGCUGACCCUGAGCGAGAUCUGUGAGUUCAUCAGCAGCGGGUUCCCAUACUACAGGGAGAAGUUCCCCGCCUGGCAAAACUCAAUUAGGCACAAUCUCUCUCUCAAUGACUGCUUCGUCAAGAUGCCCCGGGAGCCGGGCAACCCGGGCAAGGGCAACUACUGGUCGCUAGAUCCCAACUCGGCCGACAUGUUCGACAACGGCAGCUUCCUCCGGCGGAGGAAGAGGUUUAAGCGACAGCAGAUCGGGAUGUUGAGGGAACACGGCGCGCUGCUCCCGGGAUUCGGAUACGGACCUUACGCUUAUGGCCUUCAUAUCCCCAGCGCCGGCCACCCGGCGCUCGCCUUCCAUCACCAUUGUCCCAUCCCAUCGCCCACGGGGGUCUUCCCCUCGCUCUCCGCCCUCAUCCAUGGCAGCGAGUUCACCAGAAAGCCGCUGCCGCCUCGACUCGGCCCCGAUUCCCCAGCUCAGCCGACUGUCAAGGUGGAGUGUACCUCUCCGCUCGCCACUUUUUCAAUAGACAACAUCAUGAGCCCCGCUUCUCCACCGCUCUACCCAAGGACGGCUCAAGGUCCCGUACUGCCCGUCAUCUCUGCUCUGCUCUCGCCUUCGCACGGGUUGUUUAACAUAGGUUAUGACCGCUUGCAACACGAAGCGAACUUUGCAAACAAAAUAAUCCAACUCAGCAGCCGUCAUUAUUGAGGGAACCUUUGGCGUUCAGAAGACGGGGAACUGGCACAAUUCUCCUUCAUUCGCGUCUUCAGAGGAUUUCGGGAGAGACCAGUGGAGAAUACAAAGCAAAUGGUUUGAUGUGAAGUCAUGACGCAUCUGUACAUUAAUCCGUGUAAAUAUUGUAUCUGAAAAAAAAACCCGGAGCCGUGUUUAAUUAUUAUUGGAACGGAAGCGUUUCCAGAGCCACUGCCCCGUGUAAAUUAUUGUUAGUCGUGUCCGGGGUAUUUUCAUAGCCUUUGUACAUCAACUGGAACGUAUCAGCAUUAAAUUGUUUAUGUUCAAUAA